UGAACUUCAAAAAUACUGUUCCACAACUUAAGAAACAUAAAAAAAAUUAAAAUUUGUAGUAUUAAACAUGUUAUGAUAAGAAUCUUUGAAAGUAUCACCGCAAAAAAUGCAUAAAUAGAUAGUGGAAAUUUCAACGAUCAGCUGGUUUCGGCAAUUCAGACCAAGGCCCUUGAUUUAGGUGUCCACCACAAUUUCACAUGCAAAAACAAAUGAUGCCCCACUGCCCAUUGUCACAAUUUAAAACCCCCCCUAGUCUUUGACUAACAAUUCGUAAAGGUAGGUACUACUCCAUUUAUGUUACCAUAGUAUAUAAAGCUUAGCUGAGCAACCUAUAAUCCAUUAGAGCUCCAAUUAUUAUGACUGAGAUAUCUGCUUCAUACUGGAAAUAGAUAUGGACUCCUCUAGAAUUAGUCUGCGUCCAUUUAAGUUAACGGACGUUGAUGAUAUGAUGUUAUGGGCAGGCGAUGAUCGAGUAACUCGGACCAUCCGAUGGAACACUUUGACCUCGACAGAAGAAGCGUUGACCUUUAUCAAGGAAGUGUGUCUACCUCACCCUUGGCGUCGAUCAAUAUGCAUCAAUGACCGCUCCAUCGGGUUCGUAUCAGUAUUUUCUGGAUCAGGUGAUGAUAGAAGCCGAGGUGAUGUAGGAUAUGCUAUUGCAGUUGAAUAUUGGGGGCAGGGGAUUGCUACAAAUGCAGUCAAAAUGACAAUCCCUCAAGUAUACAAUGACUUUCCUGAAAUAGUAAGGCCUCAGGCAUUAGCUGAUGUUGAGAAUAAGGCAUCCCAAAGGGUAUUAGUGAAGGCUGGGUUCAUAAAAGAGGGCAUAUUGAGAAAAUAUGGCUACCACAAGGGGAAAAUAGUGGAUCUGGUGAUGUACAGUCUCUUAUCCACUGAGUCUGAUAUUUAACAGUCUUGUUUUGCUCUUUACUAUGUAAAGAUCUUUUUGUGUAUUGACUGGAACUCGGCAGAGUUUCACUCUCCAAAUAAAAGGGCAUUCAGGUUUUCUGUUUUACAUAGUAUCAACUAAGUCAAAUGUGAUCUUCAGAAUGGGUA